GGUAGGGGCGGGAUAAGGGCGGGAAUCGGCACUUAAGUGGAGGUCUUGUACACGUCGAGCCGUCAGAAGUGCAGGGGUCUUCUGAAGAGUCGUGACAGAGCAGCGGAUCGAGGCUCUGAGAGGGAAGCGUCGGUGGCGGCACUCGAUCUGGGGAGAAUCUUCUGCUGACUCAACUUUUCCUGGAAAAAUGGACCAUUCCGCCCACAUGGGGAUGAGCACCCACAUGGGGAUGAGCGAUAUGAACCACAGUACUACCAUGUCACCUUCUCAUCAUCACCCAACCUCUUCAGGCUCCCAUGAGUCCAUGAUGAUGCCUAUGACCUUCUACUUUGGCUUUAAGAAGGUGGAAGUAUUGUUUGCUGGUUUGGUGAUUAAUACAGCUGGAGAAAUGGCUGGAGCUUUUGUGGCGGUGUUUUUACUGGCCAUGUUCUAUGAAGGACUCAAGAUAGCCCGAGAGAGCCUCCUGCGCAAAUCACAAGUCAGCAUUCGGUACAAUUCCAUGCCUGUCCCUGGACCAAAUGGAACUAUCCUUAUGGAGACACACAAAACAGUUGGGCAGCAGAUGCUGAGUUUUCCUCACCUCCUGCAGACAGUGCUGCAUAUCAUCCAGGUGGUCAUCAGCUACUUCCUCAUGCUCAUCUUCAUGACCUACAACGGGUACCUGUGCAUCGCGGUAGCCGCAGGGGCCGGCACAGGGUACUUUCUCUUCAGCUGGAAGAAGGCAGUGGUCGUGGACAUCACAGAGCAUUGCCAUUAACCUCAGACUCCAUGGUGUGGCCUUAUCACUGCUGUGGGAAACAGUUCCAGACUGGAAGACAAGAUUCCUCCACCAGUCUUCGCCUCCUUGUCUCCUUACACUACACCACACUACACCACACACAUACACACACCCCUGCUCGACAGAGGGGUAGCUCUGAGCUAAAAUGGUUUCCUAAUGAGCUGAGUUUCCCAUUUCUCUUCAGGUGAAGCCACCCAUGAGAUGUCCUCUGCUCCCCCAUCAUCUUAGAUCCAAAUUACAUGUUCUUAUCUAACCCAGGUAGCUUUUUAUUUGAUGGCUUGGUCACCUGCUUCCUUUUUUAAUCUGUGUUCUUUUUUUUUUGACAGACAACAUGUGAAUUGGGGUUUUUCCCGGGUCAGUGAUAGAAAGAGAUGAACUUUAGCCAGGAUUGAUGGCAGGUGAGGAAAAUUCUUGCCCAGCUAAACCCAGAACCCAGAUUUCACAUUAAGAGAUAGAUAUGUUCCAGGUCUUUGGACUCAAUGACUGGGAGAUUGUGCCUUUCCCUAGGUGUGACAUGUUGCACUGAACUGAAAUCUUUGUAGCAGGCAGAGAGGUGGUUUGAGGCUCUAUACAUACAGAACCUGAGCUUGCAAGAGUGUGAAUUCUUGGGUGGCUGACACAUCAGCUUGUGUUCCUACAUUCUGAUUAGACAGAAUUAACUAUUUGUCAUUUUUUAAAAAUGACAAUCUAAUCAAUCAGUAAUGAUUUGGUACCUUCUUUUGUCACAGCUGGAUGAAACAAGCAUUUAAACAUUUUCUCCCAUUAUUUUUUUCAUGUGUAUGCCGCUAAACCAGUGGUUUUCAAACUUUAGCAUGCAUCAAAAUCUCCAAGCCUGGAGAGCUUGUUAAAACCCUGGUUGACGGGCCUCAACCCAGAGCCCCCAAGUUGGCAUUAACAAGUUCCCAGGUGAUGCUCCUGCUGAUGGUCAGAGGACCAUUCUUUGAGAAUCUCUGCUUUAAAUAAACUAAGGGAGUAUCAUGUGGUGGCUAAGCUAUCUGGUACUGGGCCUGGAACUCGACUUGCUAUCAGUAGAUGGUGUAUCUGGGCUUAACUCAUAGAAUAAAUGCUGCUGAAUACUCAAUCAUUCCACAAACAUUUAUUCAGCCCCAUUGGGUUUAUAUGUGCCCAGGCACACAAAGGGCUGUGGCCAAAGUAAUUUUAUUAGCAUAUGUGAAAUCUUUUUAAAGAACUGUAAUUUCGUGGGAAUAGCUUGAGGGUUGAGAAAGACCUUUGAUCUGCAGUGUAAAUCCACCAGGAAUAGGUUAGAAGGGCAAAGCCCAGCCCUGUCUUGGGAGAGGCUUAGGGUAUGGUGGACUGAUGGCCAGAUUUUCCUUGGCCCCAACAUCCAGGCCCUCACCAGGCAGAUGCUCAUUUUCUGCAUGACUGUCUUUGUUUUGGGGGCUUAAUUAGGUCACAAGUGGCCAAAAAUACUUUCCUCCAUGAAGAAUCACAUUGGAUUUUUAUUCUGUUCAGUUGUUAGUCUACACUGCAGUCUCAUUCCUAGGCCAACCUACCUCUGUAAAGUGACUUUUCUUGUGCUAGUUUAUUAAAUCUUGCCCUCCUUGGUGCUAGACUCCAAUUGUGCCUCGGGGCAGGAGAAACAAAACAGAGGUAUCUCGUUAGGCCUCUGUUGUGGUUUUGAAGUUUGUACUCUUUCUGUUGGUGCCAGUUAAAUAUUGGAGGGCAGGAAAUGUGUACUUCCCUGGCUUUGAACCAAGAGAGGGUUGUAAGAUUACUAGAUCGAGGUUAAAAUCAAUCAACAUAAGAAUCUAGAGUUUUAUGCUUUCCUCUCAUUCCAUCCCUUGCAGUGCUGCUCUUCAGCAUAAGCACAGUGAACGCAGGUACUGACAGAAUCCAACCUUAAGGUACAAAGAGCCUGUUAGUUCUCACCAAGGAAUAAUAAAACCCCGAGAAAUAAGAAAACAAUGUUCAGUAGUGACCCUGGUACUCUCCAGAAAUCUUGACAUGCUCUGCUACAAAAUACUUUCAGGAACAGUAAGAAAAAUCAAGGCCAGUUAAGACAAUGCUGUGAAUUUCGUACUCUGAGAAACAGCAGUUUGGGGAUAGGUCUCCAGGUACUCAAGUUAGUCUCAUGAAAAACCUGAACUCCAGCGAUCUUAGGCUAGGUUGCCAAAGGAAGAAACUAAUGAAGGGAAAACUAGACUAAAGCUUAUAUUCCUUUUUUUUUUUUCCCCUGAGCUCUUGGAUUGUGAUAAUCUUGUUUACUUUCAUUUCUGCAUCCCUUUUUGGUAGAAUUUAGUGCCUGACUUCUUCCUUUUGGAUCCAGAUUUCUCUUCAUUUUCACAUCUGCUAGGAGCUUGUAUCCCCAUGUCUUUGCACCUUAUUCUGCUCUUUCAGUUUCUUAUCCCAUAUAUCUAGUUGAUUAAAUCUCCCUAGCCUUCGUGAUACAGUGAGCAAUGCUAUAGAUAGUGGAUUUGGAUAGAAAUACCAACCAGAAGUGGUAAAACUGAUGGAGACCUUAAGCACACUUCAAAGGGGCAGUUAGUUUUCCUGCUGUAAUUUCUGUGAAGCUGGGAAAGGGCUACCUGGUACUAUCCAUCAAGUUAUAGAAUCUUAGGUGCCAUAUCCAACCUAUGUUGGAGGGACACUCAGCUCCACAUUGCCCACAAACAGAAUCCUCCUGGUUUCUUUACUUUCAGCCCAUGGGUUCUAGCCACAGGGCUUCAUAUAGAAACUGGAAGGGGGGGUGGCUGGGAGUAUAUCUUCAUGUCAUUUAGUGUUAAUCCUGCCUCUCCGGCUUCUUUCAAAAGACACAUCUAAAGAUACAAAAGUCUGCAUUUGAUAAUGCCUUAAUCACUGGGUCUCCAAUUAAUGUUGACUGUUUCAGAUUGUAAGCUCCUGGAGAGCAGUAUUGGUGUAGUAGGAAUGUUUUAACCCGUGUCAUGUGCAAAAGAACAAGUAAAAUAUUUUGAUUUUGUGA